AAUUUCAAAAUCUGUCAUGAUUAUAUAAUACCAAAAGAUGUAGCAUAUAAAAUUGAAGCUUCAAAGUGCUUGUGAGUUGUGACUUACACCAUUAAGAGUACAACUCUACCAUUCAAUAUACUCACCACAAACUUGCCAAAGAUGAGAAGACAAAUUUUCGUCCAUCUUUUCAUUGCAUGGCUUCUGCUUGCAGUUUCUGCACUCAAUCACGUCACUGCGAAUUUUCAGGCUAUUCAACCAGUUGAUUUCAAGCUCAGAAAACUGCAGGCUACGGCUACCUCAAAGCCACAUGGUGAAGAUGUCAUACCUUCAUGGGUUACAGAAAAGAAGACUCGUAAAAGCCCAUCAGGGCCGAACCCAAUAGGGAAUCACCGCCCACCAACGAAACCAUAAAGAGAUGAAAACACUCAUUCAACAUCAGCAUUCAGUAGAUACAUCAAUAACUGUUUCUCUAAUAUCAUAGGAGAUUAAUGGAUUAGUGUAUUCUACUCUUAGGAGCAUUGUGUUUGUACAUAAAUGAUAUUUAAUAUUCUUAUCUUACAAAUUAUCAGCCAAUGCA